AUGGAGAAGCUGCAAGGUGUGGGCCUGAAGCCAUGGAUGGAUGUGUUUGGUAUGAGGAUAGCGGACGGCGAGGAGGCACCGAACCGAGCGGCGGGCAAGGACGAUGUGAAGCUGCGCGCACGGUCGUCCUAUCCCUCCUCCGCCUGCUGUUACUGGAAGCAAGCGCGGUACCAUCUCAUCUCAUCCACGAGGUGA